GCGCGCUGUCUCUAUGCUCCUCCGCGUCUGGUCUAUUUAUUGUCGCGGGAAAGCAGCGGCCGCCUCGCACCCGGAACAACAAAGCCGGGAAGACGGAGUCCGAGCCUCGGGGGCUCCUAGCAACGGGCCGGGGCGGGAGUUCCAUGGAGACUGGGGAGCGCGCCCGUCUCAUCCUCAUCCUUGUCCUCCAGCUUCUCCUUCGCAUCCGACGCAACCGGCAGCAGCGCUGCCGCCGCGUCCUCUGCCGCCGCUCCCUCUUCCCACGAAGUAGCUAAAAUUGCUGCUCUGCUCCAGUAAUUCAAGUGGCUCAAGAAUGACUUCGUAGGAUUGCAGAAUUAUUUGUUUAUGGAUGUGAUCUUCGUGGUGAAAAGCUAAAUUUUUAAGCCACCCCAAUGGAUGCAGACAGUGACGUUGCAUUGGACAUUCUAAUUACAAAUGUAGUCUGUGUUUUUAGAACAAGAUGCCAUUUGAACUUAAGGAAGAUUGCUUUGGAAGGAGCAAAUGUAAUUUAUAAACGUGAUGUUGGAAAAGUAUUAAUGAAGCUUAGAAAACCUAGAAUUACAGCUACAAUUUGGUCCUCAGGAAAAAUUAUUUGCACUGGAGCAACAAGUGAAGAAGAAGCUAAAUUUGGUGCCAGACGUUUAGCCCGCAGUCUGCAGAAACUAGGUUUUCAGGUAAUAUUUACAGAUUUUAAGGUUGUUAACGUUUUGGCAGUGUGUAACAUGCCAUUUGAAAUCCGUUUGCCAGAAUUCACAAAGAACAAUAGACCUCAUGCCAGUUACGAACCUGAACUUCAUCCUGCUGUGUGCUAUCGGAUAAAGUCUCUAAGAGCUACAUUACAGAUUUUUUCGACAGGAAGUAUCACGGUAACAGGGCCCAACGUAAAGGCUGUUGCUACUGCCGUGGAACAGAUUUACCCAUUUGUGUUUGAAAGCAGGAAAGAAAUUUUAUAAGUCACCACUUAAUUGGUUAGAAUCUCUAACUGAGCACCUUUUAAAACCUGCUGCACAUUGGACUCAAAAGGAAAACUGGACCAACAGUAAUUGAGGAAAUAGACUCUUUUAUUCAUUCACGGCUACAGUGUAAGCUCCAGUCCCUUUGGAUUUUAUUCCAAACCUUGCUGUAAUAUAAAAGGAAGUUUACAAGACAUGACAUUGCUGCUUUUACAAAAGGACAUUCUAUUUAUUUUCGCAGUAAUUCUCAUGUCCCCAUAAGCAGAGCUGUCACAGUGUGCACUACCUUAGAUUGUUUUAUUGUUGUCAUUGUUAUUUUUUUUCCAUUUUGAGCUAAUGUGUUUUAUUUGUGAAUAGUCUUUUACAUUUUUGUAUGCUGAAUAUGGGCACCAAAGAACCUGUAAAAGUUAUCUUUUUCAAUUGAAUGUGCACAAAUAAAAGUUUGGAAAAAUCUCUCUUCA